AUGGCUACAACGACUCCUAAGCUGACAGGUUGGGCGCAGGCAGCAGCAAGGUCUGCCCCGAAACACUCGCGGACCACCUCGGCCGUGAAUGCCAAGGCAGACGCCGUGGCUGCUACUGAAAAGUCUGCCACUGGCUCACCAACACCUUCGCAUUCCCCUGCUGCUGCUGCCGUUGAUAAAAAGGCGAACCAUACGGGAACCACUGGAGGCAAGAAAACUGCACAUAGACCACCGUUCAACAGGGAUGAGGUCAGAAAGUACAUGGACUCCCUGUUCGACACGUAUGCCAAUGCGGAGGAGACCGUUUCUUACGACAACAUCUUGCAGAACAACAAGAACUUGCAGACGGCAAACUGGGGGACCGUCUCCAGCGGCAAGAACAAGAACAAAAACAAGAAGUACGGAUACCUCGCCGACAUUGCCAAAGUAUUGAAAAACUAG